UUGAACAUGCAGCUCCAGAUUUUGCUCUUGCUCCCCAUGGCCUUUCUCCUGCCUCCUGGAGCUCAGGCUGGGAAGAUCAUCGGGGGCCGGGUAGCCAAGCCGCAUUCCCGCCCCUACAUGGCAUAUCUCAAGAGAAAAACCUGCAAGGGUGAAGAGACAUGUGGGGGGUUCCUGGUGCGGGAGGAUUUUGUGCUGACAGCCGCCCACUGUGCCGAUGGGGACAUCACGGUGCUCCUUGGAGCCCACAAUGUCCGUCAGGAUGAGGAGACCCAACAACGAGUCUCUGUGCGGCGGAAGAUCCUCCAUCCCAGAUACAACAAGACGAGCAUCGAGAACGACCUGAUGCUGCUGCAGCUGGCGGAGCCCGCGGAGCUGAGCAAUGCCAUAUACACCAUCCCGCUGCCCCAGGUUGGCCACGUUGUGGAUCCGGGGUCUGUGUGCAGCGUGGCAGGAUGGGGCAAGACCAAACGCCAUGUUAUUCUAACCAGCAGCAUCCUCCAUGAGGUGAAGCUGGAGGUGAUGACAGACAAGACCUGCCAGAAGGACGGGCUGCUCCGACGCUACUACAAGCCCUCGAAGAUGAUGUGUGUGGGGGACCCUGAUGAGGACAAGGCCUCAUUCUCGGGUGACUCCGGGGGCCCCCUGGUAUGUGAUGGGAAGGCCCAGGGCAUCGUCUCCUUCGGCAAAGGUGAUGGGUCCCCCCCGAGGGUGUUCACCAGGGUCUCCGCAUACGUCCCUUGGAUCAAGAAGACAAUGAGGGGUCUCAGCAGCCCAGGGUCCAUGCUGAAAGCCCUGCAUCCCUUCAUUGAAGGGUGCAGAGCUGGGUUUGGGGAGUUAUGA